CAAGUCAUCCAGCAACGUUGGCAGUUCCAAUUCUCAGAGGUGUUUGUCCUAACCCUACGAUUAGGAGGUCACCAUCAUCAUUUGUCCCUCUUCUUUCCCUUGGAUUCUUGAUAUCGUUCUUGAAGCGAUACUAAUUGCCUAAUUCCUCAUUUCAUCCUCCACGCUCCUUUUGAUCUCAAGCUUACUCCCUGAACUGUUUCCCUCUUCCUUUAUUCAACGUGGAUGAGGCCGCAGGGGGCCGGUCGCAACCAUGGCGCUUCCCAUUAAGUUCACUGAGCUGGUUCAGUUGACGAACCUUGGUAUCGCGCCUCAAUCCAUCUCCUUCAACAGUUGUACACUAGAAUCAGAUCAUUUCGUUUGCGUUCGACAGAAACUUGACGAUCAAGACAAGCCCCAGGUCAUCAUCAUCAACCUCAAGAAUAACAAUGAAGUCACCAAGCGGGCAAUCACCGCAGACAGUGCCAUCAUGCACUUCUCGCGUGAGAUCCUUGCUCUCAAGGCUCAGGGCAGAACCGUUCAGAUCUUUGAUCUCGGCAACAAAUCCAAGCUCAAGUCUACCGUCAUGAAUGAAGAUAUCGUCUUCUGGAAGUGGUACAACGACCGCAGUCUUGGUCUCGUUACCGACAGUUCUGUCUAUCACUGGGACAUCUUUGACCCAACUCAGUCGGCCCCAGUUAAGUUGUUUGAGCGAAACGCAAAUCUCAAUGGCUGCCAAAUCAUCAACUACCGUGUCAAUGACGAUGAUCAAUGGUCCGUCAUUGUUGGUAUUUCUCAGAAAGAGGGCCGAGUCGCGGGCACAAUGCAAUUGUAUUCGCGUAACCGUGGCAUCUCUCAGCAUAUCGAAGGUCAUGCCGCCGCUUUUGGCACCUAUCAUGCUGAGGGUAAUGCUACCCCGUACAAACUAUUUACCUUCGCGGUGAGAAACGCCAGUGGUCAAGGCAAACUCCAUGUUGUUGAAAUCGACCAUGACGACAACAACCCACGAUUCAAUAAAAAGGCCGUUGACGUUUACUUCCCCGAAGAGGCAGUCAACGACUUCCCCGUCGCCAUGCAGAUCUCCAAAAAGUAUGGUAUCAUCUACAUGAUCACCAAGUACGGCUUCAUCCAUCUUUAUGAUCUUGAGACCGCCAGCGUCAUCUUCAUGAAUCGUAUCUCGAGCGAGACAAUCUUCAUCACCGCUCCUGACUCCGAGUCUGCUGGCAUCGUCGGUAUCAACCGAAAAGGGCAGGUUUUGUCGGUCAGCGUUGAUGAAAACAACAUCAUCCCAUACCUUCUCCAGAACCCGGCCAAUUCGAGCUUAGCCGUCAAACUCGCAUCCAAGGGAGGACUUCCCGGCGCUGACAAUCUGUAUCAGCAACAAUUUGAGACCUUGUUCUCUCAAGGUCAAUAUGCCGAAGCAGCCCAGAUCGCUGCCGACUCACCUCGCGGUUUUCUCAGGACCCCGGAGACUAUCAACCGCUUCAAGGCCGUCCCGCAGCAAGCUGGUCAACUUUCUGUCAUCCUGCAGUAUUUUGGCAAGCUCUUGGACAAGGGGCGGCUUAACAGAUACGAGAGUGUGGAGCUCAUCAAACCAGUCCUCGCCCAAAACCGCAAGAACCUUCUUGACAAGUGGAUGAGCGAAGGCAAGCUAGAAUCAUCUGAAGAGCUAGGUGAUAUUGUCCGACUUCACGAUUUGGAGUUGGCAUUGAAGAUCUACCGCGAGUCAAAUGCUGCUCCAAAGGUGGUUGCCGCUCUGGCAGAGACUGGCCGCUUCGACGAAAUUCUGCCCUAUGCACAACAAGCUGGCUACCAACCGGACUUCAAUGGACUCUUGCAGCAUAUUGUCAGGGCAAACCCUGAGAAGGGCGCCGAGUUUGCUACCCAACUUGCGAACCACGAGGGUGGCCCCUUGGUUGAUAUCGACCGAGUAGUCGACAUCUUCAUGUCCCAAAACAUGGUUCAGCAAGCAACUGCGUUCCUGCUCGACGCUCUGAAAGAGAACCGCCCUGAUCAAGGCCACCUUCAGACCCGUCUGCUAGAGAUGAAUUUACUCAAUGCGCCACAGGUUGCAGAUGCCAUCUUGGGAAAUGAGAUGUUCUCUCAUUAUGACAAGUCUAGGGUUGCACGUCUUUGUGAGCAAGCUGGGCUUCUACAGCGAGCGCUCGAAAACACCGACGAUCCAGCCUCCAUCAAACGCAUCAUUGUGCAAACAGAAAAGUUGAGCCCAGAAUGGCUCCAGCAGUACUUCGGCCGUCUCUCGGUCGAGCAAUCCCUCGAUGCAAUGGACGAGAUGCUCAAGGUGAACAUUCGUCAAAACCUGGCGGCAGUUGUCCAACUCGCCACAAAGUUUUCCGAUCUGCUGGGAUCUGGUCGCCUCAUUCAGCUUUUUGAGAAACACCGUACUGCAGAAGGCUUGUACUAUUACCUCGGCAGUAUCGUCAACUUGAGUGAGGAUGCCGAUGUUGUCUUCAAAUACUUGGAGGCCGCCGUCACCUUCCAACAAUUUCAAGAGGUUGAGCGGAUUUGCAGGGAGAAUAAUCACUACAACCCUGAAAAGGUCAAGAACUUCUUGAUUGAAGCCCGCCUGUCGGAGCAACUUCCAUUAAUCAUUGUCUGCGAUCGGUUCAACUUCGUCAAGGAUCUCAUCAAUUAUCUCUAUCGAAACCAACAAUACAAGUCAAUCGAGGUCUACGUGCAACGAGUGAACCCCUCACGCACUCCAGCCGUCGUCGGUGCCUUGUUGUCUCUCGACUGUGAAGAGUCGGUCAUCAAGGGUCUCCUGCAGUCUGUUGAUCCAGCAGCCGUGCCCAUUGACGACCUGGUCGCUGAGGUCGAGACGCAGAACCGUUUAAAGAUCUUGUUGCCUUUCCUGGAGGCUACACUGUCAGCUGGCAACCAACAGCCGGCUGUUUACAACGCACUCGCCAAGAUUUACAUCGACAGUAACAACAACGCCGAGCAAUUUCUCAAGGAGAAUGAUCUUUACGAUACGCUCACAGUGGGCAAAUACUGUGAGAAGAGAGAUCCGAAUCUGGCAUACAUCGCCUACCGCAAGGGCCAAAACGAUCUCGAGCUCAUCAACAUUACGAAUGAAAACUCGAUGUUCCGCGCCCAGGCUCGGUAUUUACUAGAACGAGCUGAUCCCGAGAUCUGGGCCUUUGUACUUGCUCCAAACAACGUUCACAAACGCUCCCUUGUCGAUCAAGUCGUUUCAACAGCAGUACCUGAGUCCAGCGAGCCUGACAAGGUCUCCAUUGCCGUCAAAGCAUUCCUCGAUGCGGAUCUCCCAGGCGAGUUGAUCGAGCUUCUGGAGAAGAUCAUUCUGGAACCCUCGCCAUUCAGCGACAAUGCCAGUCUCCAAAAUCUAUUGAUGCUGACCGCAGCCAAGGCAGACAAAUCUCGCGUGAUGGACUACAUCCAGCGAUUGUCCGAGUUCAAUACCGAGGAAAUUGCCAAUAUGUGUAUUCAGCAGGGCAUGUAUGAGGAAGCUCUUGAGAUCUACAAGAAGGUCAAUGACCAUUCCUCCGCUGCAAAUGUUCUGGUUGACCACAUCGUCAGCAUCGACCGUGCUCAGGAAUAUGCCGAGGGCGUUGACUUGCCUGAAGUCUGGAGCAAGGUUGCAAAGGCGCAACUUGAUGGUCUUAGGGUCACGGACGCUAUAGAGUCGUAUAUUAAGGCUCAAGACCCCAGCAACUACAAUGAGGUGAUCGAAACUGCUACUCAUGCGGGCAAAGAUGAAGACUUGAUCAAAUUCUUGAAGAUGGCCCGCAAGACACAACGUGAACCCGCUGUGGAUACUGCACUCGCAUUCAGCUACGCCCGGCUCGAUCAGCUACCCGAGCUUGAGGACUUCUUGCGAUCAACCAAUGUUGCCGAUGUUGAAGCCUCGGGAGAUAAAGCGUACGAAGAGGGCUACCACCAGGCAGCGAAAAUCUUCUUCACAAGCAUCUCCAAUUGGGCCAAAUUGGCUACCACCUUGGUGCAUCUGGAGGAGUAUCAGAACGCAGUGGAUUGCGCACGUCGUGCUAACAGCGUAAAGGUCUGGAAACAGGUCAACGAGGCCUGCGUUGCGAAGAAGGAGUUCCGACUCGCACAGAUCUGUGGUCUGAAUCUGAUUGUUCACGCUGAGGAACUGCAAGAUUUGGUCAAGCAGUAUGAGAAAAACGGAUACUUUGAGGAACUGAUUUCUUUGCUCGAAGCAGGUCUCGGUCUUGAACGCGCUCAUAUGGGUAUGUUCACCGAGCUUGGAAUCGCACUGGCCAAAUACCACCCAGACCGAGUCAUGGAGCAUCUCAAGCUCUUCUGGUCGAGAAUCAACAUUCCGAAAAUGAUACGCGCGACAGAAGAGGCCCAUCUAUGGCCCGAACUGAUCUUUUUGUACUGCCACUAUGACGAAUGGGACAAUGCAGCAUUGGCCAUGAUGGAGCGUGCUGCUGAUGCAUGGGAGCACCAUUCAUUCAAGGACAUUAUUGUUAAAGUUGCCAACCUGGAAAUCUACUACCGGGCACUCAACCACUACCUGCAAGAGCAGCCACUCCUCCUUACGGACUUGUUGCAGGCUCUCACGGCUCGUGUGGAUGUCAACCGAGUGGUGCGCAUGUUUGAGAAGUCGGACAAUAUUCCCAUCAUCAAGCCAUUCCUAUUGAAUGUGCAAGGACAGAACAAGCGAGUGGUGAACAAUGCUAUUCAUGACCUGCUCAUCGAGGAGGAAGAUUACAAGACUCUCAAGGACUCUGUUGAAAACUACGACAACUACGAUGCGGUCGAAUUGGCGCAACGACUGGAGAAGCAUGAACUCGUCUUCUUCCGUCAGAUUGCGGCACAAAUCUAUCGCAAGAACAAGCGAUGGGAGAAGUCGAUUACGCUGUCGAAGCAAGACAAGCUUUUCCGCGAUGCCAUCGAGACUGCUGCGAUUUCAGGCAAGUCGGAAGUGGUUGAGGAACUGUUGAGAUACUUUGUUGAUAUCGGAAGCCGCGAAUGCUACGUUGGCAUUUUGUACGCGUGUUAUGAUCUCAUCCCUCUCCAUACCGUCAUGGAGGUUUCGUGGCGACACAACUUGAAUGACUUUACGAUGCCCUUCAUGAUCAGCUAUCUCAGUCAACAGUCGGCAACGAUUGAGGAACUGCGAAAAGACAAUGAGCAACGCAAAGCCAAAGAGUCGAGCCAACAGACGACUGAUGACAAUACGCCAAUCAUUGGCAGCCGACUGAUGCUGACCCAGGGGCCUGCAAGCUCGGGACCACCGCCCACGGGGUAUGGACAUACAAACGGAAUCACGCCUCAACCCACCGGAUUCCCCCGCGCAUUCUGAAUAGCGGUGGAAGUUAGGAGUCAGGACAGAGUAAUGUGAGAUUCGGGCGAUGUCGGGCCGUGGAAGGGUCGGAGCGAACUCGGCAUGCUUCAAAUUGGCAAUGUUGGAGGCGGCCGGCAAGAUUACUUGUAGAACAAUGUGAGAAUGCGGGACAAGACGUGGCGAUCAAAAUUUAGCAAUGAAGCGGCAGAGAUGAUGAGGACGGAAGACGGGGUUUCUUGCAAGCUGUAGCUGUAUUUCGUAUUGGUGCUAGUACAUGAGGCUGAAGCAGAUUCUGGGGAAGUUGCCCCGGCUUAGACAAAUUUCACACUUGACCAGACUUCUACUAGCUCCAAAUAAUGAUCUGCUCCCGAUCUGCUCUCGAUCUGCUCGGUUGAGAUGGAAGACAGGUCAGGAUGAGAAGUGAAAGAUAAGCGAAAGCAAGGCCUAUCAGGGCGGAGAUGCAGGUG